GGUUUUAGCCCAACUACUACGCAAAAUAUCUUAAUUUUUUUCCUCCGAUGAAUUAAUCCAAAUGAACACGUGAACAAUAAAAUUCACACAAUUUUAUAGUUUCAUUUUCACCAAUUCACCAUCCCCAUCAAACCCCUCCCAUUUCCUCUUUCCACGCCCGACCAGAUCUAUCGGAUUUGCAAUCAAAUCCCAAUCCAAAUUUCCCACAAAAAUGUUCCUCUUGGACUGGUUUUAUGGGGUCUUGGCCUCCCUCGGACUGUGGCAAAAAGAGGCCAAGAUCUUGUUUCUUGGCCUCGAUAAUGCUGGCAAGACCACCCUUCUUCACAUGCUCAAGGACGAGAGAUUAGUGCAGCAUCAGCCAACGCAAUAUCCCACCUCGGAAGAGCUGAGUAUUGGGAAAAUUAAGUUUAAGGCGUUUGAUUUGGGGGGUCAUCAGAUCGCUCGUAGAGUCUGGAAGGAUUACUAUGCCAAGGUUAUUAGCUCAAUGGCAUUGAGCUUGGAGGUUUACGGUGUGCUUCUUUCACCACAGUAGUUUGAGCUUUAUGCUAAUUUCUAAUUUUACAAUCUGAGUUUGUCUCUGACUCAUACUUUUCUGUUUACAAAUCGAACUUAUUAUGCCUUUGCUGCGUAGAUGGCAUUUUCAGAUAGUAAAAUAUAAGUUUAAUGUUAAGGUAGGAAAAAUCGGGCUGUGUGCUUUUUCAGUGCUCGUAUCCAAAUAGCAUUGUAUAAAACUUUCCUUUCCGAUCUUGCAAAUUUAUAUGCCACCAUCUGAAAUAUCACUUGAAACAAUUAUAUAUAUCCGGUCAAUAAAACAAGGUGAUUUUUCUCCAACAUUGGCUGUUGGUCUAUCUUUAUGACUCCCUUCUUCUAUGGUUUAAUCUUGCAUACGUUGUUCAUUACCUUACUGACCAAUAUCCAACAUAUGAAGUGCAUUCCAUGUAUAUUGUG